AUGACACCAAGCUCUCCUAUAGAGCAACAUGAAGAGGAAGAUGUGCUCGGAUACAGCUCUUCAGACUCCCCAGGACCCGACGAACAUGACUUAUUCACAGAGGUUAUAAAAUGUAUACGACUGGAUCGUCUCGCCAAAUACGCCACCACAAUCCGACAAAGCACGCAACACAGCAACCCACAAAGUUCCAGGGCAAUUGAAAUAAAGCCGCCAAUCUUCGGCUCCUACCAUGUGCUCUUUCCGGUGAGAUUCCACGACGGAACUCUCUGGCUACUCAAAGUCCCUGCAAAUGGGACCCGGGAAAGAUUCAGAGCCUCCGAUGCUAGAGCCAUACGCUCAGAAGCACUGACGAUGCGCUUCCUGCGUCGUGAAACUACCAUCCCAGUCCCAGAUGUUCAUGCCUUUAGCGACACAUGCGACAAUGAGCUCCAUUGUCCAUUCAUUCUGAUUGACCAUGUUGAGGGAGUCUCACUGUACAAAGUCUGGUUCGAUAACGCUUCGCCCAAAGAGAUUGUACAGGCACGACGGACUCGAUGCUUGCGUGACCUCGCGGCUGCUAUGGCUCAGCUGGGCAGAUUCUCCUCCUGCACAGGGGGAUACCGCAACGAUGCGGGAACGGUUAAGAGCUGGCGAUCCCGACCAAUCGACAGUCUACUUGGAGAUGGGGCCCUUCUCCAAAGCAAAAGACUACUACACAGCGCUGCUGGACUGUCAAACAGAGCCAGACACGGCCUCGAAAGGGGUGUGCUUGGACUUCUCCGAUUGUUCAUCGACUGGAUUCCGGAGCCAAGUGAUGAACUGGGCGCGUUCGUUCUGGCCCAUCCUGAUCUUGAUGUUCAGAACGUGCUGGUUUCCCGAGACGGGGCGUUGCAGGCCAUCAUAGACUGGGACGGGGUGGGGGUUGUCCCACGAAGUGUAGGGAACGAACGUUUCCCGAGCUGGUUGAUACGAGACUGGGAUCCGGCGAUAUAUUGCUGGACCGAAGAGAUUGAGCGGCGUGCUGAGCCUCUGGGUCUUUGGGAGGAUUCGCCCGAUACGCUGAGAUUCUAUAGAUCUGUAUAUACUGGAUUCAUUCAGUCUCAUUUGUUGUAUGAUGAUGAUCCGGAGUGUGCUAACCUAACUACAAGAUCUCUCAUCCUCAGGAAUCUACUAAACGCUGCGAAUGAUCCGUAUGGUACGGUGGAUGUCGUGCAGAAAGUCUUCAAUACAGUGGUUAGCCUUGCCCAGGAGGGUGUGUCGACUCGGCAGAUGCGUCUAGUAACGGCAAAGGUUGUCAAGAGGAAGAAACAAAGACUAUGGAGAGUGGACUUGAGGACUUCGACUUUUAUCAUGUUUCAUGCGCACUGGCCGAGAAAAGACUGA